AUGUCUCUCUCUAAAAUUUUGGCUGAGGAGUCUCUUCCGGUUGGGUACCGACUUCGCCCUACCGACGAAGAACUCAUCAAUCACUAUCUGAAGUUGAAGAUCAACGGCAAUGAGAAGCAAGUCAGUGUUAUUCGAGAGAUCGAUGUCUGCAAAUGCGAACCCUCGGAGGAGUCUCUUCCGUUUGGGUACCGAUUUCGCCGUACCGACGAAGUACUUAUCAAUUACUAUCUGAAGUUGAAGAUCAACGGCGAUGAGAAGCAAGUCAGUGUUAUUCAAGAGAUCGAUGUCUAUAAAUCGGUGAUAAAGAUGAAUGAUGAAGAGUGGUUCUUUUUCUGUCCUAAAGAUCGCAAGUAUCAGAAUGGGCAUCGAUUGAACAGAGCGACUGUGGCUGGGUACUGGAAGGCCACGGGUAAGGAUAGUUCUAUCAAGUCUCUGAGGGGAACCACUGUGAUUGGCAUGAAGAAGACUUUGGUUUUCUAUGCGGGUCGUGCUCCGAAUGGCCAGAGGACUAAUUGGGGAGAAACUGAGCCUAGGCGCAAAACACUUUUUCCUGAUGAUGGUUUAUCAGACAGACUUAUGCCACUGGGACUCAAGUAUGUAUUCCAACUCCAAGAUUUGACCAAAGCAUUGGCUGCUCCAGAUACAGACCAUCCAAAUGGAACACCAAGUCUAAUGAAUGAAAGAAAUGCAGAAAUGGUCAUAUUGGCCACUGCAACCAAGGAAACAACAUGUACCUUUUUCCUGGGAUUGGACUUGGUACCCUUCUAUCUGGCUCUAGGAUCAUCUCUGACGGUAUGUUACAGGCAGCAGCUGAGUGAUUUGGCCAGAGCAUUGGCUGCUCCAGAUACAAACCAUCUAAAUGGAACACCAAGCCAUAAGAAUUAUGGGUUGAGUGUUCUUCAGCAACAUGUGGCCUUUUUUGACAUGGACGACAAUGGAAUCAUUUACCCUUGGGAGACAUAUACUGAUGAAACUGUUGGUCAAGGGCUAUGGCCUUGA